AAAAUAAUUUAAUUAUUAUUUGACAGUAGAAGAUUUGCUACACGUGCAAAUUAGUAUUUUAUCUCUAAGUUAAAACAAUACUUGUGGAGUUAAGUAUUAGUGGAAGGAUUCUUGAAAUGUAACAGAGUCCAGUCUUGUUACAUAUUUGACGAAAAGGGUGCGAUAUCCUGGUAACAUUCGAAAAACAAACUGCGAUGAUGAUGAACUUGUGAACCGGCGUCGUUGGCGUUUUCGUGCGGCUACUAUUUUUUGUGUUCGUUCUUUGUUCAUUUAUCGUGUCGCAAAUGAAAUAAUCAAGCGCCUAUAGUGUGAGAUUUAAUAGUAUUUUGGUUUCCGUAGUGUAGUUUUUACGAAUAAAGAACAAUGAAAAACGAAAUGAACGUCGUGAAAUGUGAAGAGAAUGGCGGCGGCGACGCCAAUUCUAAUGUGUCACCGACCAAGCUGAUGGUGAAUUAUAUCCCAGAGCUGAUGACGCGUGAUAUGAUGUAUGCGCUUUUCUCGGCAAUGGGCAAGAUCGAGAGCUGCAAGCUCAUCGCAAACCGCGGCUACGGAUUCGUGGAGUACGAGAAACACGAGGACGCCGAGAAGGCGCGAGCCGCCUUCAACGGGCUGCUUAUGCAAGGCAAGACGCUUAAAGUAUCGUUCGCGCUGCUCAACCCCGAAAACAAGGCCAGUCACAAGCCGGACACGGAAUCCAACUUAUACAUCAGUAACCUGCCGCCUGACAUGACAUUAGAGAGACUCAAUGCACUAUUUGGACAGUUCGGGGUGAUCACAAACAGCCGAGUGUCGCAAGGUAUCGGGUUCGUCUGCUACGAGACGCGCGCACAGGCCGAGGAGGCCAUUGCACAGCUGAACGGCAGCACGCCGCUGCCGGGCGCGGGCGCCGUGGUGGUAAAGUUCGCCAACAAGCCCAACGCCAACAAGAACGCGCCGCGGCCGUCUCCGCGCGUGGGUGUGGCAGCGCCACUCGCCUACAACGGCUCGGCCGUGUUCAACGGCGCCGCGCCCGCCGCCUUCAACGGCACCAACCUCAGCGCGGCGUUCGGCGCGCGGCCUGCCGCCUUCGCUCCCGGCUUCCCGCAAGCCUCGCCGCCGCCGCUGUUGCCGUCGCCCGGCAAGGCCUUGCCCUUCAUCAACAAGGGCCAGCAGCGCUUCAAUCCCAUGGCGGCGGCCAACCACUCACCGCUACCACUCUUAGGCGCACCCGCGAGCCCCGUCCCGCUGCUGGGGGCGCCGCCUGCACCACAUCAAACCACAGUGUAUGUAUACAACAUCGGGGAAGACACUGAAGAGCUAGCGCUCUGGCAGCUCUUUGGUCCCUAUGGAGCCAUUGACUCGAUAAAGGUGAUCAAGGACCCCGAGACUAAGAAAAACAAAGGGUUCGCGUUCGUAAACAUGCGCGAGUACGACGAGGCUGCGAUGGCCAUCCAGGCACUCAACGGCUACACGCUCAAUGGACAGGUUCUAUCCGUUAGCUUUAAGACGCAGAAGAGAAACAAUUAGAAUGUGAACGGACGUUAAAAACGCCGUCUCGUUGUGAUCGUUCCGAGGCCGAAAGCUUAAAGAAAGAUUCAUUCCAAUCUCAAAAUAUUUUUGUAGUCGAGACGCGAGAUCCUCUAUGUGCAUUUCAGAUUAGUCGCAUAAGUAUUUUUGUAAGAUUUAACAUAGUUUUAUAAUCGCGAGAGCGCGACAUGACUAUCUGUGAGUUGGUUUAGUUGGCUUGACAGUAUCAUAUAUGUGUACUUCUAUUGUAUGGUAUUAUAUUAUGACUAUGUAUGGGCCUGUCGCACGUCCCGGGGCCGGGCGCGGAGCCCCAGGCCUGCGGCCCGCGCUCGGCCCGCCUUUACCCUCCAGGUAUUUUAUUUUGUGUAAAACAAACCAUUGUAUGUUUUUUACUCUUUAAUAAAUUUCAUGUUUAAAUAGA